AUGGAUUGUGCAACAUUUGCCGUAUACCACGACGUCGACCAUUUCGAUGCUGGUAACCUUGCCGAGCAGGCAAGCCAAACCAGUUCUCAGUCUAGUGGAGGUAUCAACCUUCAUGAUCCACUUCAUCCUUUAUUGGUGGGAUCUUUUGUUACUGCCUGGGGUGGGCCCGAAAAACCGACUGCGCAAAUGGAUGAAGACGAAGAUCUUCCUUUGCCAUGGGGUCAACACCUGCUGAGCUCAACCAGCCAGAGUCAACGUUCUGAGUUCCAGCAGACAGCUGAUACAGCUCGUGCACAAACUCCCAUCCACAACGUCGGAUACUCCGGCUUUAGAUAUACAUUUGGCGACGAAGUUGACUGUGGUCAAGACGGGCUCAGGCCAGAAACGCUCCACACCAAAACUCCAGCCAGCGAAUUUUGGGUAAACAAAACCGAAUCCGGAUAUGCCCCUCAGUGCGGUGAUCUUCACCCAGACCGUAUCCUAGAAAAUCGCCGUGUAAGUCAUUGGGAGAUGCAGUGCGUUUUGAGCCGGCGAGGACCUGGCAGCAUGACUGCUGAACAGAUUGAGUAUUAUCAACAGAAGGUCGACAAUUGGUGGUAUGGUACGUUGCCCAUUAGCCAGGCUGUGGAUGAUGCCGUGGCUCAAACCAGCGGAAAGAAGCCAUAUACAAGCGAAUUUUUAUCUGCUUCUCCACUGGUAAAUUGGCUGGCGGGGAUUGGAUGUUAG